AUGGGAAUGUGGCAAAGAUUGAGGAGCGACUGGAUAUGCGAGGUAUGCGAGGUCGAAAAUUUACAUGGGAACGCGACAGGAGCUGAUUGGUGUAGCUUAUUUUCUCAGGCUAUUGUUUAUAAUCAUGAGGUUGUUACAUUCGAUCAUACAACUAUUUAUGUGGAGUUGGAAGAGCCUAAACAGUCAAGACAAAGGCGGCAAUUCCUAUUUGAAAAUGCAUGGCUUAAAGAUAUUGGGUGCAAAGAUGUGGUUAUGCAUGCAUGGAAUAUUUCUGUUGACGGAAAUUUUCCCACUAGAUUACGGCAAUGUGCAAUGGCAUUGAAACAUUGGGGUGGUAAUCUUGCUCAACGUCUUAAUCGUGAAAUUGCCAUCAUUCAACUUCAAAUGCAAAGUUUGCGGGAAAGACGCGAUAAUAGUUCUUUGACGGAGUUUCGGACAUUGGAUAGUAAGCUGGCAGAGUUAAUAGACCAACAAAACAUAUUUUGGCGUCAAAGAGCAAAGCAGCACUGGCUUCAAUGUGGGGACCGAAAUACGAAAUUUUUCCAUCUAUAUGCUUCGGCAAGGCGACGGAAGAAUCGUAUCACUAGGCUCCAAGAUACUAAUGGUGGAUGGGUGGAGCGAGAUGGCCUGUUGAAUUUAGUUGCUACCUAUUUUCAAAAUGUGUUCUCCCAAAAGGGUGUCUUCUUGGAUAAUACGUGGGAUAGCUUUGCUCCUUAG